AUGGCUGCACAAGCAGUUCGAAUAGGAACUAUCGUAGUUAGGAAGAAAACCAGGGCCAGAUUCCGAAGUGACGACAAGGAAAGUAGGGCGAGAAAAAGAAUGUGGAGUCCACGAGAUUCAGAGGCAGCGGAAGUCCGUCGAGAUGGCCAUCGGAAGCCAGCCGAGGAGGAAGUCUGGGGUUUGGGCGAUGCGGCUUGGAGACCGGUGUCUUGGCCCGAGUUCGGGCAAGUUGGCGGCUUGGCAGUCCCCAGCGCCAGUCUCCGUAGCUCACCGAACCCUGGAAUCCGCAUCACACGACGAGGGAAGGGAGAAGGGGAAAGAAGGGGAAAGGAAAAGAAUGGGAAAGGUAAUGCCAUCCACGGCCAGAAUGUCAGCUGGGCCGUAUCCUGGCUGGCUUCGGAAAUAUUCGUCCAUUAUAAUGCAGAAAGGAAAUUGGAGAAUCAUCAAGUCCAUGCCAUCAGGCAAGUUGCAUCACAACAAAAAAAAAAGACAAAAACUCAAGUUUGCCCCCGCGCGGGAUUGAACCGCGGACCUCAUGAUCUCAUCAGUACAAGUCAUGCGCUACUACGACUGAGCUACAAGGGCUUGUUACAGGUAUUUACCAUCCCACAUUCGCAUUAUUUUCCAGCAUUGGUGCUUAGUAAGCUGCCGGAAUAUUGUUACCCCGCGGAAGAAUCGCCCCAAAGCGAGCAACUUAUCUCAGCAAGCUCAGACCCUCUAACUACCUCCGGAGACAAAACAAUACAAAUUUCAAGGCACUUUUCCGGACACGGACUGUAUAGAAAGCGGUCAAUGUCGCGGUGUGAUGGUGCUCGAGUCGAAGUGCGUACUAAGAAUAUGAUCUCAGAAGCCCCAGCCCCAAAAGCUGAUAUUGAAAAGUCCAAUAUUAAGACCAGGUCCCGCUGCCUAUCCAGGGGAGGUUCCCAGGACCCCGCGAGGACAGAGCUAUAUAAGUUCUGA